CCUUUAUACCUAUUUCCAAAACAUAAGUCUCUGUGUCUCGCGUUGCAGUGAAUGAGGCUGGAAAGAACAAGGAAAUUUCUCGUGCAUUGUCAUGGACUCCGACAUAAGUGAGAUGUCCUUGGGGCAGGAGUUUAUGAGAACAAACGUGGACAGUGACACUGACCAGAGUGGCACGAACGAGGGAGUGAAGGCCAUGGAAACUUCAGAGUGGUUAGAGGAAACCAACAAAAUGCAUAUUCAUCGAGCUGACAUGAAUAAACUCAUCAUGAACUACCUCGUCAUGGAGGGUUUUAAGGAAGCAGCUGAAAAGUUUUCCAUUGAGGCAAACAUUAAGCCUCCAAUGGACCUAGACCAGUUGGAUGAGCGGAUCCGCAUCAGAACAGCAAUACAGAAUGGCCAGUUUCAGGAGGCAAUGAGGAUGGUAACAGCUCUGCACCCUGAGAUCUUGGAUGACAAUUCUCAGCUCUACUUCCACCUACAGCAACAAGUGCUGAUUGAGCUGAUCCGUGAGGGGCGUGUGGAGGAGGCCGUGGUGUACGCUCAGGACCACCUUGCAGAGCGUGGCCAGCGAGACCCUUCCAUCCUUAAUGAGCUGGAGAGGACCCUGGCACUGCUUGCCUUUGACCAGCCCGAUACAUCCCCCUUUGGUGACCUCCUGCACCCCUCACACCGCCAGAAGCAGGUUGCCAGUGAACUGAAUGCAGCCAUCCUUCGUGCACAGAAUCAGGAGGAGACAACUCCACUCUUAGCUGAGCUACUCAAACUGCUGCUGUGGGCUCAGGAUGAACUCAACAAAAAGAAAGUGCAAUACCCUUACAUGACAGACCUUAUCAAGGGUCAGAUAGAAGAACGCAAAUGAAUUUAGGAAGUCUGCUCAUCCUAUCUUAUGGAGAGAUUGUCUAACUGUUGUGAUAGAUAAUUUUUAACUGUGUGGGUGAUGCUAGGGUCUGUCUAACCAAAGAAAAGUUAGAUAGUGUUGUCUAAUCCAGAUAAGGUUAUUCUCUCACCUAGCAUAAGUUAGGUAGGCUGUUUAAUACAAGUGAGGCAAGGAUGGCUGUUUUACUUGUAUGUGUGAAUCAUUAGCUGCAGGAACAGUGAAAGCUAAACAGUCAUGUAUUUUCAUAGACUCAUUAUAUAGAAAUUAAAAAAAGGAAAGUUUACUCCUACACUCCUUCCCAAUAUCUCAAAUUAAAACAGUGGAAGUAAAACAGCCCUACACUUUCCUUGCAUGCUUAUUAAUUAAAAAGAAAUCUCAAAAUGAAGUAAACAAUUUUGUAAGUUUUCUUUUUACACUUUUACAUUGAUAAUAGAAAUAGUUUUAAAGAAGAUGAAUUUUGAGGGUUAAUGUAUGUGUGAAAACUUACCUUAGGAGGACUUAGCUUCAAAAUAUAUGUCCACAUCUAACACAUCCCAGUGUGGCUCAGAAUGGUCUUCAAGAAUCCUAACUGAUCCACCGUCCCUUGAGGCUCGCCUAGCGGUGGUAGAUGUGUGUGUGGGGUGGCUGGCAGGCCGCUGACUUGUUCAUGCCCCUGCUGGUACAUUGUUAUGUCAAGUCAGUAUCAAGUAAUAAAGUAUGAAUAUCUUUA